AUGGGCCCCGGGGGCUGUAGUCGCCACUGUGGGUCCCUGAUAGCGGCAGCGGCAGCGGUGGGAACGCUUCAGUGCGUUCAAACACCCCGGAAGGUCAUGAAUAUGUCCUGGAAUAGGCCAGAACGCGACGCACCCGUCAGCGAUGAUUGGCCCAUCAGCCAUGAGUUGGCAACGUGGCAGGGACUACCGCAACGAAGCCGCCAGGAGAUAGCGCGUUGGCUUGGGCAGCGUCCGUCCCUCCACACAUUAGCCUCUUUGUGUUAUGAAUUUAAUACCUCUCGGCUGUUAGAUCUUGCUGAAGCGGAACAAACGGCCACGGGACCAGUCACAAGCUCUUCUAGCACGGACGAGGUACGCGGAGCUCGUGAGAAUGCGAGACAUUGCUGA